AUCAUCGUCAGCCCUGGACAUUAAACACAAAAUUCGAGCAACCAGCUAUUGAAACAGAAACUAAUGAACUUCCAGUGGAAAAGCAGAACGAGCAAAAUCGGAUGCAAACAAAUAGUCCAGUCUACAUAAAUGAUCUUCUGGUAAAGGAAGGAAUUUCCAGCUGGAAGAUUGACGAGCAGUUCAGCGAACGAACGGAAGUACUACCAGCUGUGGCUGAAAAUAUACAAUUAUCUCAGGUAUUUCUACCGUUUAUAAGUGAGAAGUACAUAAAAUCAGAUUAUUGCCUUAAGGAAAUCAGUUGGGCCAUUAAAAAAGAAAAAUGGAUAAUUCCUGUUAUUAUUGAAAAUAUUAAUGGAUGGAAAGAUUCAUUAAUAGCAUUAGGACAGGAUAUACUUAAGAAAAUGAAAGAAUAUCAUAAUAUCAAAUUUCUAGGCCAAGGAGCAUCUACAGCUAAAUUAAAAGAGGAGUUAAGUGAAUUGCUUAAGGCUAUUCGCUUCUGUAUCGAUAUUAGAAAAUUACCGGAAAAAGAGUAUCUACAAGCAUACAUAAAGGCUCUAAUGAAGGGCAAGUGUAAGAAUGACUUCAUUAGAAUCAUGCUUAUCGGACCGGAGAAUGUUGGCAAGAGUACGAUCCUGAGAAUUUUAAUUGAAGCAGAACAAAUACUUGAUUUACCAUCAACAGAGGUAUUAGAUAAACCUGAGAAAGUGCUCAAUAUUGUCACUUUAAAGCUACAGGAUGGAGCAAAGCAAGAUUGCAAUAAACUUUAUACAAAAAAAAUCGAUACCACUGUUACACCUGUUAAAGUGAACCAAGCUUAUAAAGAAAGCAAUCCUGUAUCA